CUCGCUGACGCUCCGACCCCACCACCACCACCGCCGCUCACUCACACAUCGAGCGCCAUUAUUAAACCCCAGGAAAAACAGACGACCUCGUUCGCUUCUCGCCCGCAAAAGGCUAAACCUCGAUUACGCCUCCCCAAACCCGCCGCGAAACGAAGCGAAAGCGAGUUCCUCCGAUCCCGACCACUUGCUCUUCUCAUGGCGUCCUCCCACAUCAUCCUUCCGCCGGACGACGACGACGAGGAGCAGCGCCGGCUGGAGGAGGAGGAGGACGAGGAUCCGUGGGCGCGGAGCGGGCCUCCCCCCGCGGCGCCGGAGCACGCGAUGAAGGCGGCGCUGCCGUUCUCCGCGACGUGCGUGCGGAUCUCCCGCGACUCCUACCCCAACCUCCGCGCCCUCCGCAACGCCUCCUCCGUCAGCCUCGCCGACGCCGCCUACGUGAAGAUCUCCGAGGGGGACUUCGGCUACGUCCUCGACGACGUGCCGCACCUCGUCGACCACCUCCCCGAUGCCCCCACUUAUCCCAAUCCACUACAAGAUCAUCCAGCCUAUUCAACUGUCAAGCAAUAUUUUGUUAAUGAAGAUGACACUGUACCCCAAAAGGUGGUCGUUCAGAAGAACAGCCGGCGGGGGGUUCACUUCCGUCGUGCUGGACCUCGUCAGAAGGUUUAUUUUGAGUCAGAUGAAGUGAAAGCAUGCAUUGUAACUUGUGGAGGCCUUUGCCCUGGUCUUAACACUGUCAUCAGAGAGCUCGUCUGUGGUUUGGCGCACAUGUAUAAUGUCAGCAAAAUCUAUGGUAUACAGAAUGGAUACAAGGGCUUCUAUUCUAGCAAUUACCUUACUCUGACGCCAAAGAGUGUCGAUGACAUCCACAAGAGGGGUGGGACAGUUCUUGGCACAUCACGAGGUGGCCAUGAUACAAAAAAGAUUGUUGACAACAUUCAGGAUCGUGGAAUUAAUCAGGUCUAUAUCAUUGGAGGAGAUGGAACACAGAAGGGUGCAUAUGAGAUCUUCAAGGAAAUCCGAAAACGUGGGCUAAAGGUUUCUGUUGCUGGGAUUCCCAAGACAAUAGAUAAUGACAUAGCGAUCAUUGACAAGUCAUUUGGUUUUGAUACGGCCGUAGAAGAGGCCCAGCGUGCCAUUGAUUCAGCUCAUGUGGAAGCUUGCAGUGCUGAGAAUGGAAUAGGCUUAGUAAAACUGAUGGGCCGUUAUAGUGGGUUCAUUGCAAUGUAUGCUACUCUUGCAAGUCGAGAUGUGGACUGCUGCUUAAUUCCAGAGUCCCCAUUUUAUAUGGAUGGUGAAGGUGGGUUGCUUCAAUAUGUAGAGAGAAGGCUGAAAGAGAACAAGCACAUGGUUAUUGUUGUUGCUGAGGGAGCAGGGCAGGAUCUUAUAGCCAAAAGUUUAUCUACUUCUGAGCAGCAAGAUGCAUCAGGAAAUAAGCUACUGCUUGAUAUUGGUCUUUGGCUGACUCACAAGAUAAAGGACCACUUCAAGAGCAAAAAGAUGGAGAUGACUAUUAAAUAUAUAGAUCCUACCUACAUGAUCCGAGCUAUUCCAAGCAAUGCAUCAGACAAUGUCUACUGCACGCUGCUGGCCCACAGUGCUAUUCAUGGUGCAAUGGCCGGCUAUAGCUUCACUGUUGGAAAUGUCAACGGCAGACAUGCCUACAUACCUUUCUAUAGGGUGACAUCCACACGGAACAAGGUCAAGAUCACUGAUAGGAUGUGGGCGAGGCUGCUAUCAUCAACCAACCAGCCAAGCUUCCUAAGCCAGAAGGACAUCGACGAAGCCAAAGAGAACGAUAGGACGGCCAACAAGCCACCACUUCCCACCGGCCUCAGCCAUCAUGUGGCAAACUCUUUCGACCAGUCUGCAUCAUCUUCGUCGAACAGCCAGAUAUGAACUCCAUCAUGUGGCAAACCCUUUCGACCAGUCUGCGUCAUCGUCCUCGAACAGCGAGAUGAAUCCAAUCUGUAGUUCUAUAUAGAAGCUGUUGCUAUUCCCGUUGAGAAACCUGGGCCACGCUACGCAGUUUUGAUUUAAUAUGCAUAAUAUCACCUGUAUGAAUCCACGGAUACUCUCCUGGAUUGCUGGUAACUACAAGCGUAAUAAGAAAAGCGCUAUUGAUGAAGCUAUUUCUCAUAAGCAACACUCGUGUUGUGUCUUGUAUAUGCUGCUGAUCUGAAGAUAUGUUUCGUCAGCUGAUCGUAUAUUGACCUUUUCUGUC